CCUCUCUCUCUCAGCCUCUCUCUCUCUGCCUCUCCCUUUCAAUGCUGCAGUGCUUCACUUUCUGACCUUCUACUCGGACCAUGCAUGCUUUGGUGCCCAGUUCCAGACUUUAUCUGACCCCCGUCAGGGAUGAAGAGGCAGAGUCUCAGAGGAGGGCAAAAUCUCGUCAUGCCAGACAGACCCGCAGGUCAACGCAGGGUGUAACACUAACAGACUUGAAAGCGGCUCAGAAGAUCUACAGUGGCUCAGAAGAGUUUGUACUUGAUGGGAAAGUGGAGGACAGAGCAAAAAUCACUCCAAGAUGGAGCAGCACAGAUGAGCAGGGGAACAUAAAACCCAAGUUACAAAGUGUUGCUGAGUGUACAGAAGCUUGCUGCCAGCCUACGUCCACUAUUACAGGCCUAAACUCCAUCAGAGUGAAUGGAAGAAGGUGGAGAGAUGAAAAUCAGAACCCCCUUGAAGAAGAGCAGCUUAAGUUCGCAAAACACAGGAGCAGACGAUUGGAUGGAUGCGAUGGAUCAGACGGCACCGUUUCAGAGCAUGACAGAUUGUCAAGAUUGGACUCAAGUGGGGAGAAUAUCCCUGACAGAUUGGGAAGGACCAGCUCCUACAUUCGCAGAGAGACCAGGCUAGCUUCUCUGAACAAGCCGGAGCAAGACAUCACAAGCAAAGACUAUAAGAAGAUGUAUGCAGAGGCUCUACAUGAGAAUGAGCGUCUCAAGUCCAGGUUGCAGGACAGCAAGCAAGAACUUGUUAGCAUCCGUUCCCAGCUGGAGAAAGUGACUCAAAGGCAAGACAGAAUAGCAGAGAAAUCUACUCUGCUUGAAUCUGAGAAAAAGGAAAAACAGGCCCUUGAAAAACGAGUCUCGGGCAUGGAAGAUGAAAUGAAGGCUUUCCCUGCUCUUGCUCAGGCCCAGGCUUUGCGGAGCGUCAACGAGCGCCUCCUGGCUGAAAAUAGAGCCUUGCUGCGAGCCCUCACCCGCCUCUCUGAGACGGCCUCCAUACCGGAGACAGAGGACCUCUGAACUCACCUCUUCUCCUCUCACCCCCUUCCCGAGCAACAUAACUCUCCUUCUGAUGCCUCUGCAGACCCCCCCUCAUCCUCUGCCGUGUUCCUCUCAGGUCUUGACGGAACUCAAGAUGGACAACCAGAGGCUAAAGGAUGAGAACGGCGCUCUCAUUCGGGUUAUCAGCAAACUUUCUAAAUAAAAGGAUGUCACAACUUAAAGCUCUUUGUUUGCAGAUGUUCAAGCCAUUUAUGGAUAGUGCAGGUUUGACUGUAUAAUAGAGCAACCCCUAUCAUUUUCAGGACCAUGCAUGCAGGUUGAUAUUUGAAAAGAAUGAAUGCAUGGAUACCUCAACACAAAUGAUGGUGUAUGUCUUUAUGAUAUGAAAAUCCAUAGUGCUAAUUACUAGGCUUUUACAUACUGGCCAUGGCAAGAUGAAUAUAAUACCCAGGGCAUUUUUGAAGAUAUAUUUUUAAGAUUGCACCUCCUAUUACAUUGGCACCCAGGAACAAGCACUUUAUUCCUAGAAAUAUAAAUCCAAUGCAAUAGUAAGUUAUUGAAAUAACCUACCUGACUUACGAAGAAAUCUGACUGAAGGUUGAUUUUUUUUUUAUUUUUUAUUUUUUUCAAAUUGUUAAGCUACACUAGGAAAUUGCUACUGAAACCCAGUGAGAUGCAAUAAGCUUUAUAAAACCAUUUGCAUAAUCUACUUUGUGUUUCCUGUCCAGACUGAUGUGUUUAGAAAAGACGUGCUGUUGCACAGACAAAGAGUGCUAACACAUCCAUUUAAUAUGAUACAUCAUAUCGAUUUAGCUACAGUUGGAGGGAUAAACGAGCCUCAUGUUUUCUGGAUUCUAUUUUCAACGCUAUCGUGUUUCACAUUUGGCAGUUCUUUCCUUCCUCAGCAGAGACAAAUUGCUAGACAGCGGGGGUGAAAGAUUUUUUAUAUGUAUUUGUGUAUUUCCUUCGAUUCCUUAGCUUUUGCUUCAAAAGCAUACACCUGUUAUUCUUUCUGAGAAAAACACAAAACAAAAAAACAACUCUUAAUGAGUGUUCUGAUGGUUUUUCCUUCCACCAUGAGCAAAAUUCUCUUAUACUGGGCUACGAUAAACGCUGCAAGUUUUGCAUUGCACCACAAUACGGUGUGCUGAAAUCAACACAGGCUGACUUUCAACUGUUAGAUAUUUGAUUCGUCUUCAAAUUAUUAGAAAUUGUAUCACCUUUAUAAGUCAAAAUCUUGAUACAAAACCAUCCAAAAAUCUAUUUCACGCUCGCACCUA